GAAAAUAUGACCGUUGUAAGAAAAGAAAGAGAAAAAAAAUUGUCCCCCGUCCCCGCACCCUCUAUAUUCAAAUCCAACAACUCAAAAGAGUCGCACAAUUCCGUUUAGCCUUCCAAUUUUCUUCUUCUUUGUAGAUAGAUAGAGAGGAUGGGGAUCGCAACAGAAAAUCAACCACAGCAACAACACAAGAAUUUUCAACUUCUGCAGACGUCGUCAGAGGCAUCAUCAGAGGGUGACAAAAAGAGGUGGACGCUUAAUGAUUUUGACAUUGGGAAGCCUCUUGGAAGAGGAAAGUUUGGUCAUGUUUAUCUAGCUAGGGAAAAAAGGAGCAAUCAUAUUGUCGCGUUAAAAGUGCUGUUCAAGACCCAGCUAAAACAGUCCCAGGUUGAGCAUCAGCUUCGUCGCGAAGUUGAAAUACAAAGCCACCUUCGCCAUCCAAAUAUUCUGAGGCUUUACGGUUACUUUUAUGACCAGAAACGUGUGUAUUUGAUCCUGGAAUAUGCUGCCAAGGGUGAACUCUAUAAGGAGCUGCAGAAAUGCAAAUAUUUUAGUGAAAGACGUGCCGCAACUUAUGUUGCAUCGUUGGCCCGAGCCCUCAUGUACUGUCAUGGGAAGCACGUAAUACACAGAGACAUUAAGCCGGAGAAUCUUUUGGUUGGUGCACAGGGUGAACUCAAAAUUGCAGACUUUGGAUGGUCAGUGCAUACCUUUAAUCGAAGACGGACUAUGUGCGGCACUCUAGACUAUUUGCCACCCGAGAUGGUGGAAAGUGUGGAGCAUGAUGCAAGUGUGGACAUUUGGAGCCUCGGUAUCCUAUGCUUUGAGUUUCUGUACGGGAUGCCCCCAUUUGAAGCAAAGGAACACUCGGACACAUAUAGAAGGAUUAUACAAGUGGAUCUCAAAUUUCCUGCAAAACCAGUUGUCUCAUCAGCUGCCAAGGACCUCAUUAGUCAGAUGCUUGUAAAGGACUCUUCCCAACGUCUGCCCCUGAAAAAGGUACUUGAGCAUCCUUGGCUUGUGCAGAAUGCUGAUCCUUCAGGCGUUUAUAAGGGAUGAUGAGUACUUACAUCACCAAUGACUCUCACAAUCUUUGUGGCGGACUACAAUUGUUUUCAUUUUUUACUGUAGAAGCAUUUGCUCAGCUGGGUUCUUUAACAUUGUGAUGUAAAAUAACCACACCAACAUGUUAAAACUUUGUGAUCUUUGAAAACCUUGCAUUGCCUGAAAAUGAAAUGAAGGAGGGGUUUCGUUACAAGAGUA